AUGGUUGGUGGAACCAACCUCCAUCCAAAUUUUUAUUAUACGUUAGCUUUUUAUUUACUACCACCAUCGUCGUUAGGCCACCAUAACCCAUACCUGGUUCUUCAAAAAGAACACAAAUAUCUUGUUAGGUUGCUUAAAGAUGACGGCGAUAUUGGAUUUGAUCCUUAUGAGUUUGCCAAUGUGAUUGGGGAUGGAGAUCAACCAUUGUAUCCUGGUAACAAAUUAUUAAUACUUCAAGGAGAUUUGCUUCCAGAAGGAAAUACACUACCUUCCUCUAUGUACAAGGCAAAAAAGACAUUGUCUGCUUUAGGGAUGAGUUAUGAGAAAAUCCACGCAUGUCCCAAUGACUGCAUCCGGUAUUGGAAGGAUUAUGAAGAUUCAACUAAUUGUCCUACUUGUGGUGUCUCAAGGUGGAAGGAAGGCAAAGAUUUAAUCUUGAAAGAGGUUGUGCCAGCGAAGGUGGUGUGGUUUUUUUCCACCAAUUCCAAGAGGCAGCGUGCAUCUUUUAAUGGGAAACCUGAAUAUGGCACGCCUCCUGAGCCAUUAAACGGAGAAGAAGUGUUGCACAUGGUUGAAGAUAUUAAUUACAUAUGGGGCUUGAAAAAUGGGUAUUGGAAAUACCUUCAUGUGAGGCAUGUCCUAGAUGCUAUUUAUAUUGAGAAGAAUGUUUGCGAUAGUAUCAUUGGUACAUUGCUGGAGAUCCCUGAAAAAAAAUAA